AUGCCCAGCGACGCCGCCCUCUCGCCGGCGCCGACCGGCAGGAACAACGGCGGCAAGAUGCAGAAGCUGCUCAAGUCGGCCUUCAAGCGCGGCGACUCCCCGGCCCAGGCGGCCGGGGAGGAGCCGGAGCUCAGCCCGUCCGCGUCCAGGGGGUCUGGCUCGGGCAGCGGGCGGACGUCGUCGGGGAGGCGUGUCACCCGAGGCGACGACGUCGGCGAUCGGUCCAGCCGCGAGAGCGUCGAGCUCGACGCUGAAGGUUCCAAGAACGACAAGAUGCUGGCGGCGCUGCGGGACUGGAAGAUCGCGCCGGCGUACGAGACGUUCCCGUGGGAGAAGAAGAUGAAGGAGCUGCUGCCGGUGCCGGAAUCGAGCCGAUUCCUCUCGCUGCUGCUGCUCCCCAAGGCCACGGACGGCACCCACACCCGCUACAACACGCUGGACGACACCCUCGCCCGCGCCGACGCCUGGCUCGCCUCGUCCCGCGCCUCCGGCGUCCCCGUCGAGCUCGCCAGCGUCCAGACGGAGGCGCUGCUCACCAAGAUCUCCGGCGAGACGGCGGUGUCCACGGUGAACAUGGGCUCCCUGUCCGACCUGGCCAACAUGUCCAACGUCAGCCUGUACGGGUUCGAGGACUACCACGGCGUGGACAUCGGCGUGGUGCGCGCGGUGCGGCUAUGGUACGCGCCGUCGGGCCCCGGCGGCGAGAUGGCGGUGGAGAUCGCGCUGCGGCAGGGGGACACCAGGCUCGGUUUCGCCAUCAGCCGGACCGAGGAAGGCUUCAUCUAUGUGUCGUCGGUGGCGGACGAGAGCACGCCCGGCGUGGCGUCCACGCGGUCCGGGCUGCUCGAGCUGCACCGGGCGGCGAGGCGGGCGGGCAGGCUGCUGGUGGUGUCGAGGGUGGGAGGGGAGAAGGUGCUGCCGUGGAUGGUCUCCACCGCCGGCGACGUCAGGUGCUACGACACCGUGUCGCUGAGCCAGAAGCUUUCGCUGCACCGCCACGCGCUCCGCCCCAUCACGCUGCACUUCCUCACGUGGGAUGAGGGCGUCCUCGCCCUGCCCCCGCCACCGGCGCCGGCGCGGGGGCCGCUGCUCAUGCUGUCCUCCGAAGGCGACGAGGAGGAGAUCGAUGGCGACGGGCCGGAGAUCGCGGCCGGCAAGGGGGGCAAGGGCUCGUCCUUUAGGUUCCAGAACAUCGGACUCCCGGAUAGCUGGCUGUGA